AUGGUUCUCAAGCUCAAGGGUUUCCAAGUGCGGAGUACCGAUCAUGGUAUUAAGGUACUCCGUUCAAUCCGUACUUUGCGACCCGAAGUGUCCGAAUGGAGACUUGACACCAACGUUGAUUGGCGCUGUUCCUGGUCUUCCACCAAGUCUAGUCCACUCUGGUAUCUGGUGUACCAGCCUCGCUUGGGACCCGUUACCCGGCGAUCGCUAUCUCUUGCUCCCGUGUACAAUUUCUGCGAUCUUGGGCGAACGGUGCGAACAUCUGGUUAA